GGUCCACACCUCUUCGGUGAUGCCACGCUGAGAAAUGCUACUGCGACUACAACGGCUCCCCUGCUCGCCGAUCGAGGCACCACCGGUUCCCGGCUUGGGCACUGCUUGGUUCGCCGUUGUGUGACAUCAAGCAGUGACGUUCUCUAACGUUUCUCUAGUAGGAACUGCGCCGAAACCGUCAACUAAUCAAACCUUCACGUGCCUCAUGAUAUGGAGAGGAUGGCGGCGUUUGGACUUGAAGAUGACAGCGUCAACCAUCUGCUUACCUAGGUAUACCCACGAUUGUAUGUUGAUAUCGGGGACUCGCCCAACUUCAAACUCGGCGCACCGAAGAUAGAUUCACUUCCAUUCCUCACUUUCCUUUGAACUCUGCAGCGCUUUCGUCUCGGUCCAGUUCUCUUUCAUACUCCAUAAUUCACACCCCUAGCUUCCUAUUAUUGGACCCUAUCUCCCUUAUUCCUCACCCAAGAUGCCGGGCAUUAUGCCCCUCAACGACGCGCAACAACCGCGGGCCCACAUCAUCAAAUUCACAAACUGCCUCCUCGCAAAGGACAACGACCUCGUUCCCGGAGACCUCUUGAUAAACUCGACAACCGGCAAGAUCAUCGAUGGCCAGAAGGCCUUCUACGAGGACCGCCUCGGUCCAGAGGAAGUCAUCGACCUAAAAGGUCGUAUUCUAGCGCCGGGCUUCAUUGACGUCCAAAUCAACGGGGCUUACGGGCUCGACUUCUCCAUCGUCCCUGAGAAGGCGAAGGGAGGCAUCGCGCAAUACCGGAAAGACCUGGCCAUGGUGAAUAAGAAGUUGAUAGAGACAGGAGUAACCUCGUAUCUGCCGACGUUGCCUACCCAGGACUGCCGAGUCUAUCACGAGGUGCUCCCCGAGCUGUGUCCAACCGGCGAUGCGCGCAAUCCCAAACUCGGCGCUGAAUCUCUCGGUGCCCACUGCGAAGGCCCCUUUCUCUCCCCGUCGCAUAAAGGCUGCCAUGACCCUUCGCUCAUGCAGACCCCUUCCCACGGUAUCCUCGACGUGGGCAAGUGCUACGGAUGGGAAAACAUGAAGUGGAACCUGAUCAAGAUGAUCACGGUCGCCCCUGAACUGCCAGGCGCCCUGGAUGCUAUCCGCGACCUGCAUACGUAUUUCAAAGACAUCCGAAUAGCGAUAGGCCACUCCGCUGCGACAUACACAGAGGCGCAGGCAGCCGUCCGAGCAGGCGCGACCAUGAUCACGCAUCUCUACAACGCGAUGACAUUGUUCCAGCACCGGAAUCCCGGGAUAUUCGGCGUCAUAUCCGGACCUCCCUCGUCGCUCAAACCCUACUUCGGCCUCAUAGCCGACAACAUCCACGUCCACCCCUGCGCCCUCAACACAGCCUUCCACACCCACCCGGCGGGAGUCAUCCUCGUCACGGACGCCAUGUUCCUCCUCGGUCUGCCCGAUGGCGUCUACCGCUGGACCUCGGGCUCGCACAUUGAGAAGCGCGGCAACGAACUGCGUCUCCAGGAGACGGGCGCCAUCGCGGGGUCGUGCGCCACGAUGAUCGAGUGCGUGAGGAAUUUCGUCGCGGGGACGGAUGCGAGUGUCGGGGAGGCGAUUGCCAGGGCGACGGAGACGCCAGCGGAGAUGUUGGGGUUGGGCGGGACGAAGGGGGUGCUGAGGGUCGGGGCGGAUGCGGAUUUGGUGGUGCUGGGGUGGAAUGGCGAGGAUGGGGUUGGGGUCGUGUUGGAGGUGGAGGAGGUGUGGAAGUUUGGGAGGAGGGUUUGGGGGGGUGGGGAGGUCGAGGGAGACUCGGCGGACGAAGUGGUGGAGAAGGAGGGGGAUAAGACCGGAUUGGAAGAGGCGUUCGAGGAGCUGGAGGUGGAAAAGAAGUGGGAAUAAGGCAGGAAUUGAAGAGGCGAUGUCCUGAAAGUCGACUUUGGUUUGUUUGCUUCAUCGAUUCAGACUAGGAAGGAUCAGGUUGUAGUUACACUCGCUUGCAGUAGGUUCAAAUACCCACACUUAGAAGAAGCAGGAGGAGUGAGUGUUUUCACCACGCUGUUAUGACCGGUAUGACUGCUUACGGUUUACGAAAUUUUAUGUAUGUAUAUAUAUGUAUAUUCGUAAUAGACGGGAAGGCUGUAUAUAAUCGGGUUAGUUACUAUAUGUAGAUACUUGUAAAUACU